CGGGCGGCUAAACACCACACGUGAAGCAUGCCGGGACUGGUUUUCGAGUCUCCCAGCAGCCUCCGCGACGGGCGCGGUGCGUAAGUAGCUAGCCGGCGGUGGCCGUUCUAUGUAAGAUGGCGGACCGGCGGCGGCAGCGCGCUUCGCAGGACACAGAGGACGAAGAAUCUGGUGCUUCCGGCUCAGACAGCGGCGGCUAUUCUGUUUCUCUUCAGGAGAGUGAAGAUGGCAUCGAGGGUGAUGCUGUUCUCUCGGAUUAUGAAAGCGCAGAAGACUCAGAAGGUGAAGAGGGAGAAUACAGUGAAGAGGAAAACUCUAAAGUGGAGCUGAAAUCAGAAGCUAAUGAUGCUGUUAAUUCUUCAGCAAAAGAAGAGAAGGGAGAAGAAAAGCCUGAAACUAAAGGCACUGUGACUGGAGAGAGGCAAAGUGGGGAUGGACAGGAGAGCACAGAGCCUGUAGAGAACAAAGUGGGUAAAAAGGGCCCUAAGCAUUUGGAUGAUGAUGAGGAUCGCAAGAAUCCAGCAUAUAUACCCCGGAAAGGGCUCUUCUUUGAGCAUGACCUUCGAGGACAAACUCAGGAGGAGGAAGUCAGACCCAAGGGGCGUCAGCGAAAGCUAUGGAAGGAUGAGGGUCGCUGGGAGCAUGACAAGUUCCGGGAAGAUGAGCAGGCCCCAAAGUCCCGACAGGAGCUCAUUGCUCUUUAUGGUUAUGACAUCCGCUCAGCUCACAAUCCUGAUGACAUCAAACCCCGACGAAUCCGAAAACCUCGAUUUGGGAGUUCCCCACAAAGAGAUCCAAACUGGAAUGGUGAGCGGCCAAGCAAGUCCCAUCGUCACCAGGGUCCUGGGGGUACCCUACCACCAAGGACAUUUAUUAACAGGAAUGCUGCAGGUACUGGCCGCAUGUCUGCACCUAGGAAUUAUUCCCGAUCUGGGGGCUUCAAGGAAGGUCGUGCUGGUUUUAGGCCUGUGGAGGCUGGUGGGCAGCAUGGUGGCCGGUCUGGUGAGACUGUUAAACAUGAGACUGGUUACCGGUCACGACGCCUGGAGCAAACUCCUGUGCGGGAUCCAUCUCCAGAAGCAGAUGCUCCAGUGCUUGGCAGUCCUGAGAAGGAAGAGGCAGCCUCAGAGACACCAGCUGCUGCUCCUGACACCGCACCGCCAGCCCCUGACAGGCCCAUUGAGAAGAAAUCCUAUUCCCGGGCAAGAAGAACCCGAACUAAAGUUGGAGAUGCAGUCAAGGUUGCAGAAGAGGUGCCCCCUCUACCUGAAGGGUCAACCCCAGCACCUCCAGUCCCAGAAGCCACACCUCCUCCACCUACUAAGACUGGGAACUGGGAGACACCAGUGGAUUCUGCUACAGGUGGACUUGAGCAAGACAUGGCACAGCUAAAUAUAGCGGAACAGAAUUGGAGUCCAGGGCAACCUUCUUUCCUGCAGCCACGGGAGCUUCGAGGUAUGCCCAACCAUAUACACAUGGGAGCAGGACCUCCGCCUCAGUUUAACCGGAUGGAAGAAAUGGGUGUCCAGAGUGGUCGAGCCAAACGUUAUUCAUCCCAGCGACAAAGACCCGUGCCAGAGCCUCCCGCUCCUCCUGUGCAUAUCAGUAUCAUGGAGGGACAUUACUAUGAUCCAUUGCAGUUCCAGGGACCAAUCUAUACCCAUGGUGACAGCCCUGCCCCACUGCCUCCACAGGGCAUGAUUGUGCAGCCAGAAAUGCACCUUCCCCACCCAGGUUUACAUCCCCACCAGACCCCGGCACCUCUGCCCAACCCGGGCCUCUAUCCCCCACCAGUGUCCAUGUCUCCAGGACAGCCACCACCUCAGCAGUUGCUUGCUCCUACUUACUUUUCUGCUCCGGGCGUCAUGAACUUUGGUAAUCCCAGUUACCCUUAUGCUCCAGGGGCGCUGCCUCCCCCACCACCUCCUCAUCUGUAUCCUAAUACGCAGGCCCCGUCACAGGUAUAUGGAGGAGUGACCUACUAUAACCCCGCCCAGCAGCAGGUGCAGCCAAAGCCCUCCCCACCCCGUAGGACUCCGCAGCCAGUCACCAUCAAGCCCCCUCCACCUGAGGUUGUAAGCAGGGGUUCCAGUUAAUAUGAAUUUCUGAAUAUUUUAAAUCUCACAUCAUGUAAAAGUAAGUGCA